CUGGCCUAACCAAAAUAGAGAAUAAAAACUUCUCUAUGGCAAGGGAGUGACAGUACCAAAGACUUGUCAUUGUAGAACUGUGUCCUCUUGUGUUAGAUUGUUUUUUCAGGAUAAGUUCAAUGUGUGUAGAUGUUGGACACACUAAUGAUCACUGUUCAGUCAGUAUACAUUGUACAAUCAAAUCCUAAAGUUAAAUAUCACACAACUCAUUUCAGCCUCAUCUCAUGGUAAAUCUAAUCCUUGUAGGCUAAGCCUACGUGCAAUGAGUUGGGUCUGAUAUGUCAGCUUCCUGCAUUUAGAUGGAUUAAAACUCACACACACAGAGCUGUACAUUUCAGUGUAGAGAAACACACUGUAACAUUCAGAUACACACAAACCAAGAUAACAAGGAUGGCCGUGUCUGUCAGUGCAGGGGAUUCUGAAACCAUUGAGGUUGAAACAAACCUUUCUGAGGAUUCGGCAAAUUACUUCAAUAUGAAGAUAAACAGAGCAAAAAAAACCGAGGCAGUCCAAAAAUCGGAAUGGAGGACGUUUAACACCAGCUUGUACUACAUCUCCAAUGACUAUAAAACUUGGGAAGACAGCAGACAGGACUGUCUGAAAAGAGGAGCAGACCUGGCAGUCAUAAACAGCGAAGAGGAACAAGUGUUUAUCAGUCAACUGAACACCAAGCCCCGGAUAGGUCUGAUUGACAAGGAUUCUGAGGGGACCUGGAAAUGGGUGGACGGAACCCCACUGACCACAGCGUUUUGGUCUACUGAAGAGCCUAAUGAUCGAGCUGUGGAUGGAGAGGACUGUGUCAGCCUUUAUUACCAUACCCAGCCUGUAUUGAAGAACUGGAAUGACCUAGCAUGCAACACAGCAUUUAUGUGGAUCUGUGAGAUUGUAAAUGGCUGAUCCACAGACAAACAGACACUCAGAUUCUGUAAAUACACACAUGCAGGGAGACACACACACACACACAC